AUGGUUGGUCAACGUGCAAUUAACCGAAUUUGUUACCAAUUCACAAUUGAAACUGUUCAACUUUGUCGCAGUGAUGGGGAUCUUAUCGAGGCUGUUGUUUUCGAGGUUGUGGUUAGGCUCAAGACAAGACAAAGAAAAGUGACUAGAGAUUUAGUUGGAAUGGAGGAUCGAAUAGCAGCCAUAAAUGGUCUAUUGGACAUCCAAUCCGGUGGUGUGCGGGUUAUUGGAAUUUAUGGGAUGGGCGGUAUUGGUAAAUCAACACUUGCCAAGAUCAUCUAUAACCAACUAUGUCCUCGCUUUGGGAAAAAUUGUAGCUUUCUUGAUGGUGUAAGGGAAACAGCAAAAACCAAGGGCUUAGUCAAGUUGCAAGAACAAUUGUUAUCCGAUAUCUCUAAUUCUAGAGUGGCUCGCAACAUUGAUAAUAUUGAUUAUGGAAUCAAUAUGAUUAGAGAAACAAUUUGCAACAAGAAGGUACUAGUUGUAUUGGAUGAUGUUGACGAGGGAAACCAAAUCGAAUACCUCAUUGGAAUUGAUUCUUUGUACAGUGGUACUAGGAUACUUGUUACCACUAGGGACAAAAGUGUUUCAAAAAUCAGAGGAUUGAAGUAUGAAAUUGUGCCUUAUGAAAUGGAGGUGUUAAGCGACAAAGACUCACUUCAACUUUUUAGCAGGCAUGCCUUCGAUGCUGACUUUCCUCCAGACAAACUAUAUGACACUUCAAAAGACAUCAUCUCUACUACGGGUGGACUCCCUUCAGCUCUUCAAGCAAUAGGUUCAUUGCUUUUUCUUCAGAAAGAGGAAAAAAUAUGGCAAGAGAUGCUAGAGAAGCUAAGAAAAACACCAAGUAGCGAUGUCUUGGGAAAGCUAAGGAUUACCUAUGAUGCCUUAGAAAUGGAUCAGCGGCAGAUAUUUCUCGAUAUUGCAUGCUUUUUCAUUGAUAAAGAUAAGACUAAUCCAGUCUUUGCGUGGAAAGAUUCUGGGUUCAGCCCAGAGUAUGCUAUGGAUGUCCUUAUUAACCGAUGCACUAUAAAGGUUUUAGAUGAAAAUAAGUUUUGGAUGCAUGAUCAAUUUAGAGAUCUUGGAAGGGCAAUUGCUAAUCAAGAGCGUUCAGGUUGUGGGCUUCGAGACGAUAUCAUUGCGAAUUAA